UUUGUUUCUCAGGGGAAGAACAUUCACUUCGACACACACAUAUAUAUAUGUAUAAUCAUACACGUUUAAUAUGAUUCAGCCAACAAAGGAAAUCAGUUUAUCAUAGAAGAAAAUACGGAUUAGAGCUGAAUUUGUUUCUGAAUUAAAAUCGCCAAGUUUAUUUAAAAUGCAGUCUUACAGUUCCCAAGAGACAUUACCCAUAAGUUUAGAAAAUACAAGAAAAUGGCUUGAAAAUAGUCAUGUACAAAGCGAUAUUGAUACAGAGUCGUUUGUAGAUUCUAUAGAAGAGACCAGCGUCUGCGAAUCAACAACCACCGUAGAUGAGGAUGAAAAUUACAACAAUAUUUCAGGAUUACUUGAAAGUGACAAUAUAACAAGUCUGAAUAAUCUCUUAAGUCAAUUGCCGUCGCCAGUUUUUGGUGAUAUUAGCAUAAAUAAUUCUUCCAAUGUGGUUGUUGGUAAUAUAGUUAAGAUUAAAGGUGAUCUCAUAUUGAAAGUUCACAACAACAAUGAAAGAUGUGGAGAAUCUAAAUCCAAGGAAAUAGCAAAUAAAAUAGGGGAAACGAAGAAUAAGAAUAUUAUUCUAAAAACUUCGAAAAACUCUGAAACGCCACAACUAAUAAUAUCCCGAGAUCGCUGGUCAGCUAUUGAGCCCUUAGAAGAAUACCUAAGCUUAGAAGAACCAACCGAAUUUGUAAUAAUAUCUCACACUGCUUCAAAUAGUUCUAAUGAUAAAUUAACAAAUGUUAAUAUCAUUCAAGGCAUACAGGCUUAUCAUAUUGGGAGUCAAGAUUUUGGCGAUAUAGGAUAUAAUUUUCUAAUUGGAUGCGAUGGAAAUAUCUAUGAAGGACGGGGUUGGGGUGUCGUCGGCGCACAUACAUAUGGAUAUAACAGAAAAUCGAUUGGCAUAGCAUUCGUUGGGAAUUUUAUGCUUAAAUUGCCCAGCGAAAAGGCUUUGCAGGCAUGUAAGAAGUUAUUACAAAUAGGCGUUGACGAGGGACAUUUGUCGAAGGAAUUCAAAUUAAUGGGUCACAAACAAUGUAUCUGUUCGGAAAGUCCUGGAAGGCAAUUAUUUGCGGAGAUAAAAAACUGGGAACAUUUUUAUGAUGAAGAUAAACAAAGCUGAUUUGAGAAGCGAUUUCUAGUAUGACUGUUUUUUUUUAAUUGAUACGAAAUGACAGUCCAUGUUUAUAAAAUAAUUGGUUUUGUAUAGGCUAUUCAGUUCUGUAUGGGGAAUGUCAUUCAUUUUAUCAUUCUGUUGGUAAAACCUCGAAUAUACGUUUUUUUAUAAAUAUUUUAUUCAUUCGUCGGUUGUACCAUCAAAAACCCUUUCUAACAUGUAGCAACACAAAUCCC